GUGUGUUUCUUUGUGCAUGUAUGUACAUCUUUGAGUUUGUGCAUGCUAGAGUGUGUUUAUGUGCACGCAUUUGUGUGUUUGAGAAGGAAGAGGGGGUGCGUUCAUGUAUUCAACCUUUUAACCUCAUUAUCAUCACUAUUUUUUUCUCUCUCAAAACGUAUGGAGUGAUAUACAGUAAUUGUGAUGGGGUUCUGACCAAAUCGGCUCAGCUUUCCGUGACAUCAAGUGUAAUGUGCGCAGCUCGGAGUCGGUCGGUGGGUCAACCGUCGACGUAUCGGUGUCACUCAUUCACGUGCACUGGUUGACGGAGCGCGAGCGACCCCCGUCGCAUAUGUUAAGCGCGCCUCUGAUUUCCACACGCAGCUGCAGCAGCGGUCUGCGUCCGGCGUCUUGCUAUAAAAUGCAUUGGAGAGAAUACCGUUUGAUGGGAAUAAUAGCGCGGCUCCGUGUCUUCGCUGCUCCCAUCUUCAUUGUAGUUUUUUUUUCUCACGUUGUGGGGUAGGAUUAUUUCCAGGUCAAAAUCUCAGUUUCCUGUGCGGCUUGUUUGUACUAAAAAUGGCCGGAGAUGGCGGAGCUCUGAAGGAUAUCAAUGAGAUUAAAUCCCAGUUCAGGACCAGAGAGGGCUUCUACAAGCUGCUCACCCUCUCCGACUCACAACAGCGGGGCGGUGCGCCGCGAGGUCCGUCCACCGGAGCCACGCUGGGGCCUGGGGGUGGACCGGGUUCGAUAGCCGGUGGAGGGGUAGGUCUGCUGCAGGGGCCCGGGUCUGCCUCUUCCAAUGCCGCAGCCAACUCCUCUCCGGCUGGCUUCCAUCCCCCCGUGCGGGUCUCCAUGGUCAAGCUCCAGCCAGAAGACCCGGGCGAGGAAUCCGAGCGCGUAUGCUUCAACAUCGGCAGAGAGUUAUAUUUUUAUACCUACACGAAUAUCAAAAAGGCGGUGGACCUCAGUAAACCCAUUGACAAGAGGAUCUAUAAGGGGACCCAGCCGACCUGCCAUGACUUCAACCAGUACUCCGCCACGGCCGAGAGCGUGGCCCUGAUCGUGGGCUUCUCGGCCGGCCAGGUCCAGUACCUGGACCCCAUCAAGAAGGAGACCAGUAAACUCUUCAACGAGGAGAGGUUGAUAGACAAGUCCAAGGUGACGUGUCUCAAGUGGCUGCCCAAGUCGGAGAGCCUGUUCCUGGCCUCUCACGCCAGCGGCCACCUCUACCUCUACAACGUGGACCACCCGUGCGGCACGGCCGCGCCCCAGUACUCCCUGCUGCGGCAGGGCGAGGGCUUCGCCGUCUACGCCUGCAAGACCAAGACGCCGCGCAACCCGCUGCUGCGCUGGGCCGUGGGCGAGGGCGGCCUCAACGAGUUCGCCUUCUCGCCCGACGGCGUGCACGUGGCGUGCGUGGGCCAGGACGGCUGCCUGCGCGUCUUCCACUUCGACUCCAUGGAGCUGCAGGGCGUGAUGAAGAGCUACUUCGGCGGCCUGCUGUGCGUGUCGUGGAGCCCCGACGGGAAGUACCUGGCCACGGGCGGCGAGGACGACCUGGUGACGGUGUGGUCCUUCGCCGAGAGCCGCGUGGUGGCCCGCGGCCACGGCCACAAGUCCUGGGUGAACGUGGUGGCCUUCGACCCCUUCACCACCUCCCUGGAGGAGGAGGAGCCCAUGGAGCUGAGCGGCAGCGAGGAGGACCUGCACCAGGGCGCCGCCGCCUCCUCCAUGCACUUUGGCCGCAUCCGGACCAGCAGCACGCUGUCCCGGCUGUCGCGCCACAGCUCCAAGGGGGGCUCUCCGGCGGUCUCCUACCGCUUCGGCUCGGUGGGCCAGGACACGCAGUUCUGCCUGUGGGACCUGACGGAUGACGUGCUGUACCCGCGCCUGCCGCUGUCCCGCGCCCUCACCAGCACCCUGGUGCCCUCGCUGUCCCACUCGGGCAGCACCGCCGCCGCCGCCAUGGCGGGCGGGGUGGAGGGACACCACCACCCCCCCAACACCGCCGCCACCGCCGCCGCCGCCGCCACGGUGGUCGGCGGCGUCCCGCCCACGCUGCCCCUCCCCCUGCCCCGCUCCCUGUCGCGCUCCAACUCCCUGCCCCACCCGGCCGUGGCCAACGUCGCCAAGGGCCCCGGCGGCGCCGCCGAGGGCGGGGGGAGCGGGGGGGCCGGGGGGGGCGGAGGAGGAGGAGGCAACAGCACGCCGUUCAGCAUCGGCCGCUUCGCCACGCUGUCGCUGCAGGACCGCAAGUCGGAGCGGUCGGGCGGCGGCGGCGGCGUGGAGAAGGAGCACAAGCGCUACCACAGCCUGGGCAACAUCAGCAAGAGCAACGACAAGAUCAACGUGGCGCCCCGCAGCAGCCGGCUGGACGCCGCCAGGGUGCUGGGCACCACGCUGUGCCCGCGCAUGCACGAGGUGCCGCUGCUGGAGCCGCUGGUGUGCAAGAAGAUCGCCCACGAGAGGCUGACCGUGCUGGUGUUCAUGGACGACUGCAUCAUCACCGCCUGCCAGGAGGGGCUCAUCUGCACCUGGGCGCGGCCCGGGCGGGCGAACUUGACAGCACAAAACGGCAACUCUCCCAGCGGCACGGUGGUAUAGCUAUGGGGUAAACCGUCCCCUCUCU